UGAUGUUCAACAAUCGCGAGGGAGACAGACACAUGCAAAGAAGAUACGAAUCAAGAUUGCUCCGAAGUGAUUUCGGUGGAGAACGUGCAGAGUGGUUUGUCGAAAGCAACGCCGUGAAUGGCCAAUAUGUCCCGGGCGCUUAUCAAUGUUUUUACGACCUGCAUCACGCAGUCGAUGCCGUUCAACCUUAUCCAGAACAAUAAUACGCAUCUGCGACGCUAGCAUUAUAUCUGGCUUCAUCGCGUUGUUUCACAUCAGCCUGGUCCAAUCUACCGCGACUCCAUUUCUGAUCAGAGGAUUCUGUCCGCGGCUAUGCAUCUCAUACAAGAAUGGUGGCCUGCCGAGUCGGAUGGCCCUAGUCACUCCUCGCUCAAUGCAAACACUUAUCCUUCACAAUGUCACUAACAAUCGAGUCUUUCAACACAACCAGCGACCCUCUUGUUGGCUUCACUCAAUCUCCAAAUGGUCGAGGAACCUUGACUAUCCUCUUCUCAUGUCUAUUGACACUCAGCUUGUGUGUCUGGUCAGCCGUUCAUCUGGACUUACCAAGGCAUGGUGAAGGCAGUACACAGUACACCGUGAGAUAUCUCAAGUGGAGUGUAUUAGGAAUCUUUGGUCCCGAGCUUCUCAUCUGGAUCGCGUGGCGUCAAUACAUUUCGGCACGUGCUCUGACUUCCGCAGUGGAACAGACCAAGCGGAACGAAAAGAAUGCGCCACAAGCACCACAAUGGACUAUUGUUCACAGCUUCUACUCUGGCAUGGGGGGUUUUGUCUUCGACUUGACCGACGUCGAAUCAGGCGAUUGUCCAUCUUUCAUUCCAGGCUCGAGUCGACUACACGUAACCUCCCGAGGGAUGCGACUCCUGGCACAAUGCGGCCUCUUGCCUUCAAUAUCUAAGAGCGAGAUCGAAGACAAGAGCAAGUCAGAUGGAUCUGCCAAAUUCAUUUGCUGUAUUCAGGUUGUAUGGAUUGUCGCCCAGACCAUCACGAGGUUAGCAGUCGGUUUGUCGGUAUCUCCACUCGAGAUCAACACCAUUGGCCACGUUGCAUGCGCGCUCAUGAUGUAUGCACUGUGGUGGUCGAAGCCGAGAUGGAUUCGAGAGCCAACAGUGCUGCGUGGUGAAUGGGUGCACGAGAUCUGCGCAUUCAUGUACAUGUCCAGCCAGGUCAGCUCUGAACGGCAACCUCAAAGGGAUGUACUCCGCAAUUUCGGAGUCAAAACCGAGUUAGCUGGCUUGCUAUACAUUGUCGAAAACGACGAUACUCCCUCCCGCAGCGGCUCUUCAACGGCGGGUUCCGACUCCACAUCAUUAAUGGAACAUGGUAGACUACAGUCGCGCUACGAUCGCGGCUCUCAGCCAGAUGCGAUUUCUAAGCAGCCUCGGGUCUCCACAUGCUCCGAGCUCUCACAACAGAUCCUGUCUGAAGGAUAUGCUGGUCCAACAAGUCAGGCUCCCAAGGAUGUAGCGCUUGAAGCAAUGCGGCGAGCUCGCUGGAAAUACUGCUGUCAAGCGCUUCAAAAAUAUCCAGCGUUACGAGAUCGGCUGAAGCAUCGGGAGCGGACUGCUGCACAGCUGAGGUUCCGGGAAGCGCUCCAACUCUACCCUGGAAUGCCACGCGAGGUCCAGCAGCUCUUUGAGGAUGCACAUCUCGAAGAUGCGGCCGUGGCCACUUGCGAUAAGAUCGAAUGGGUCUGCAGUUCAGAGGAGCUUGUCGUUGAUCGACCUCGAGACUGGCCUGGCGAUGAUUUGAUCCUGCACAUGCAAGGACACCUCAUGGGAGUGAUUCUCUGGUGUGCCAGCACAGUUUACGGCGCGAUCCAUCUCGCGGGCUGGAAUGAACAUUUCCCGACUAUCAUCGAGUCCUGGUUCUGGCGAGGCUCGGCGGCAUACAUUGUCUUGAGUGGACUUCUCUGGUCGACCUUUAAUCUACUUGGUCAUCUUUCACCGACGAUCUGGCUGUACUGGUAUAAUUUGCUCGCUGCGGAAGUAAGGAAGAAGAGCCAUGUCUUGAUAUACAUCCUGAGCGGCAUCGGUGGGACACUCUACGUGGUAGCCCGGAUAUAUCUGGUGGCAGAGUCAUUCAUUUCAUUAAGAGCUCUGCCUAGAUCCGCAUACGACUCGCCUUCGUGGGUUCUGACAGUGCCUCAUCUGUCGUAAUAGCUAGCUUUGUCAUAUAAGAUUUCAACCUGCACCAUAUUCUUUUUAGAUUCGGGAAAUAUAGCCAAUGCAGACUCAUGCCACAUGACAUCCGGUGGACGUCUAGUUCUUCUUCUUCGCG